GGGGCUUGGAUGUGGUGAGUGAGAGAUCGCGUCCCUCUCUUUCUCUCGCGACAAAUACCAUUUCCACGCCGCAGUUUAUGCGCCCGUGUCAAUCAAAGCCUUCGGUGGGCGACUGCUCCGGCCGUUGUCCAAUAUGUAUAUCAAAUCAAUAACCAUCCAGGGCUUCAAAAGCUACAAGAACCAAACCGUGGUCAACCCUUUCUCGCCCAAACUCAAUGUUAUUGUCGGUCGCAAUGGCUCCGGGAAGAGUAAUUUCUUCGCCGCGAUCCGGUUUGUCCUCAGUGACGCCUAUUCGCAAAUGGGUCGAGAGGACAGACAACAACUCAUCCACGAAGGCACGGGUUCGGCGGUCAUGUCGGCGUAUGUUGAGAUCGUGUUCGACAAUUCGGACGGCAGAUUCCCCACCGGAAACGACGAGCUCGUCUUGCGCCGCACUAUUGGCCUGAAAAAGGACGAGUAUUCGCUGGACCGCAAGAAUGCCACGAAACAGGACGUGAUGCAGUUGCUGGAGAAUGCUGGCUUUUCACGCGCAAACCCGUACUAUAUUGUCCCACAAGGCCGCAUUACGCGCCUGACGAAUAUGAAGGAUUCGGAACGAUUGGACGUCUUGAAGAGCGUGGCCGGGACACAACAGUUUGUGGCGAAAAAAGAAGAGUCCCUCAAGAUUAUGAGUGACACCAACAACAAGCUGGCCGCGAUCGACCAGACUUUCGAGCAGAUCAAUGAACGCCUGGCGGAGCUCGAAGAAGAACAAGAAGAGUUGCGGGACUUCCAGGAGAAAGACCGUGAGAAACGAGCACUAGAGUACACCCUUUUCUACAGAGAGCAAGAGGAAAUCAACAAGGCGCUUGCAGACCUCGAAGACAAGAGAGCCGGUGGGAUCGACGAUGCGGAUGAGAAUCGCGAACGCUACGCCGAAGUCGAGGAUGAGAUGGCCAGAAUUACACAACAAAUACAGCUGCUGAACCAGCAAAUUCACGCGGCACGGCUUGAGAAGAAACAACUAGAAGAUGAAAAGCGUGAGAAGGCCAAAGCUCGCGCCCAGGUCGAACUGGAGGAGAGAGAUUUGGCGCAUGGGCAACAAACAGCGCAACGGACGAAGCAAACCCAUGACCGAGAACUGAAACAGGUCCGAUCUCAGAUUCGGGAAAUUGAAAAAGAACUCAGUAGCAUUAUACCGCAAUUCGAAGCGGAACGUGCAAAGGAGCAGUCAGUCAAGGCCCGUCUAGAUGAAGCGAUUGCUAUCCAACAACGUCUCUAUGGCAAACAAGGGAGGAGUGCACGAUUCAAAUCGAAGAAAGAUCGGGACAACUGGCUGCAGGCGCAGAUUGGGGAAGCUUUUGAAUCUCUUUCACGUUUCAAAGCCACGCGCAUGCAGACCGCAGAAGGCAUUGUUGAAGACGAAAAGUUGAUCGCCAGUCUGGAAAAGGAGAUCCAGAGUCUGCAGCAGCAAAUGGCCGGUCAGGAUGAUUCACUCGACAAGGAGAUCCAAGCGGCCAACGAGCGUAAGGAGACCCUUAUGGACGAACGAAAGCUCUUAUGGCGUAGAGAGGCUCAGCUGGAUUCGGAGUACUCGGCGGCUCAGGACGAUCUGCGAAGAGCAGAACGAACUCUGUCGCAUAUGAUGGAUGGCAACACCAGUCGAGGUCUGGAUGCUGUUCGACGGAUCAAGCAACAGCACAAGCUUGACGGGUGCUAUGGUACCCUUGCCGAGUUGAUUGAUGUCCCGCAGCAUCAUACUGCCGUCGAAGUCACUGCAGGAAACUCUUUGUUCCACUACGUUGUCGACAACGACGAUACAGCCACAAGAGUGAUGGAGAUUCUGAACCGGGAGCGCGCGGGUCGCAUUACAUUCAUGCCGCUCAACCGACUCAAACCGAAGACCGCCAACUUUCCUAACGCACAGGAUGCUCGGCCACUCAUGUCGUUGAUCAAAUAUGAUGCCAGGUUCGAAAAAGCAGUGCAACAAGUGUUUGGCAAAGCCAUCAUUGCGCAGAAUCUGAGCAUCGCCGCCCAGUAUGCGAGGACGCAUGGACUAACUGCCGUGACACCCGAAGGUGAUCGGUCGGACAAGAAGGGCGCCUUGACAGGUGGGUAUCACGAUGUGCGUGCUUCCAGACUCAAGGCCACCAAGGCUGUAGUGGCUGCUCGCGAGAAGUUUGAGGCAAUCAAAGCCGAGAGCAGCGAGAUCAAGCUGAAGAUCGAGAAAAUCGACCAGACCAUCACCAAAGCCAUGGGCGAGGUUCAGAAACUCGAGCAGCGGAAGAAUCAUUUCCAAGGCAACCAAAGACUCCUCAAGCAAGAGAUCAAAAACAAAAUGGACAUGCUGCAACGCACAAAGGAGGAUUUGGAAUUGAAACAGAAGCAGGAAGCCGCCAUUGCGGCCAACGUCAAGAUCCUGACUGAUCAGCAAAAGGCCUACGAGGCAGAAUUGGCGUCAGACUUUAAGAAAGCUCUGACACCGGCCGAAGAGGCGCAGCUCGAAAGUCUCUCGGCCACCAUUCAGACCCUAAGACGGGAAUACAAUGAUCUCUCGGCGUCUCGAGCAGAGAUUGAAACUAAAAAGGCGGAUUUGGAGGCCAGACUCAACUCGAGCUUGAAACCACAACUCGAAGCACUCGAGGCAGACGAAUUCGAGACAGAGGCCAAUGUGUCCGCCUCAUUACGAGCCAAGAGAUCGGAACUGGCCCGACUGACAAAGGAGCUGGACACCAUACAAGAGAAUCUGAACGAUCUGGAAGACCGGCAGGAAACGUCAGCUACGCAGGUCGCGGAGCUCGAGGCACAAGCGGCCGAGACAAAGCGGCAGCAAGAAGAGUUGGCCAAGGCGAUUGAAAGAUAUCAGCGGCGGCUCGAGAAGUCGGUACAGAAAAAGGCGGCGCUGCUCGCAUCCAAACAGGAAACGAUUGAGAAUAUCCGAGAACUGGGCGCUAUCCCCGAGGACCUCCGCAAAAAGUAUCAGUCCAUGGACUCGAACGCCAUUGUGAAGCGACUCCAGAAGGCCAAGGAGACCCUAAAGAAAUACACGUCUGUCAACAAGCAUGCCUUUGAGCAUUAUCGAAAAUCGGCCAAGCAGAGAGAAGAACUCGAAGCAAGACGAGAGGAUCUGGAAAACGCCAAAGGGUCGAUCCAGAAUCUGAUCGAAGUGCUCGAUCAAAGGAAAGACGAGGCAAUCGAACGCACCUUCAAACAAGUCAGCAAGGCGUUCGCCGAGAUCUUUCAGAAACUCGUGCCUGCCGGCCGAGGAAGAUUGAUCAUCCAACGCAAGACGGACAAACGGCAGCCCGGGGACGACGAGUCCGAUCACGAUGACGACCAGGGGCCGGCGGCCAACAAGCGCAGUGUAGAGAAUUACACCGGUGUCGGUAUCAGUGUCAGCUUUAACAGUAAGCAUGAUGAUCAGCAGCGUAUACAACAGCUCAGCGGUGGUCAAAAGAGUCUUUGCAGUCUCGCCCUGAUCUUCGCCAUCCAAGCCACUGACCCGGCGCCCUUCUACAUCUUUGACGAAAUCGACGCCAACCUGGACGCACAGUACCGCACGGCCGUUGCAGAUCAUUUACUCUACCUGGCCAACAGGGCCGAUGCGAAUGGUGACAAUGAAGACGGUGAAGCAGGUGAUGAUCGACUUCGAGGUGCACAAUUCAUCUGCACGACCUUUAGGCCCGAGAUGUUGAGGGUCGCGGACAAGUGUUUCGGUGUCAGGUUCGCCAAUAACGUCAGCACGAUCAGGGAGGAAACCAAGGAGAAUGCCUUGGAUUUCAUCGAGUCUCAGACGCAAUGAGCAGAGUAACUGGAGCUGUAAGAUCAUAUUAUGCAUACCUGGUCAUUUAUGGAGUCUGGCUUUACGUCCAGGCCAGGCCAGCUGGCUGUUUGCCCUGAUCGAGGAAAAGCUUGAACGGCGGCUGAGUGUGCGGGCUGUUUGCUAGUGGGGAGGCUGCGUGAGCGCUUGAGUACAUACAACGUGAGGAAUGGUCCCAUUCCUAUGAGCCUAAAUGAUGUUGUUUCUGCUUGCUAUGAUAAGGAAUAUGGACGCGGUGUUACAAGACUGUCAGCAUCUCGUCCUCGACAUGAAGGCCGGACUCUGAUGAGAUCAAUGACUCGGAGAGCAGAGGAAGUGCUUGCAUGUAGCAGUCAUAGCACAGUAGUUGAGACACCUUUGGGGAGAGAUGAACAAUGAUGGUUGAACAGGCUGGAUUUGUGGUACUCGAACUGUACCUGCCAGAAUACUAGUAAUUGUGGACUAUCAACGGUAGCCUCAUCCUAGCAUAUAUGGCUGGACCCGAUCAAGGAAAGAACUGAUUCUUUGGCCGGGGGAGACCAAGAUGUUCUCGCAGAGUGGUCCCCUUGUAAUCCUGGCGAAAGAUGCCUCGGCGCUGUAGCUCGGGGACCAAGCGAUAAACCACAUCAUCCAGACCCUGCGGGACGAACGGAAAUACGACAGUGAAGCCAUCGGCACCUUCUU